UGUUAAAAAUAAGUUACAAAUCAAACAUGCGUAGUGUUGUUAGGAAGAGGGGUUGCUAAGCAACGUUCGGUCGGUUUCUUCAUGACUUUUAACUGCAAAGAAAGUAUUUGGCUACAAUAAAGAAAGCAGUAGAUAAGUCCACCACCACCAUCAUGUCGGAGCAGAACCAGCCAACCGUGGAAGGAGAUCUGCGUUUCCACUCUGAGCUGAAAUGUGGGCAGGAUGUAACGAGAUGUGAGUUUAACAAAGAUGGCUCCCUACUGGCUGUAGGGUUGAGUGAUGGUGCCAUCAAGGUGUACAGUCCGGACACCGGAGACCAGAUCCUGACCCUGAAGGACUCCAGCAGGCUCAGAAUGCCAAUCACUGGUCUGAGGUUCAUCUCCAGCUCAGACUCCCACUGCCUCCUGCUGGCCGCCUAUGCGACAGGCAGUGUGAGGUGCUGGUACCCCUGGGGCGGGGACUGUCUCUGGAACCUCAAGGAGGCCAGUGGCCUGUGGGACCCCGCGGAUGUGGAGAAGGGCUCAAAGUUAGAGACCCUCUGUCUGGCAGUGUCGCCCUCCGGAGAGAGAGCUGCUACGGGCUGCUCCAACUCCACCGUCCACCUAUACGACCUGCGCACGCAUCAGAGCAUCCUCACCUGCAAGGCCAGCUCCUGCAGGACCAUCAUGGAUGGCCACCGUUCACGGGUGUUUGCUGUGACCUUUCACCCAGAGCGGGAGACAGAGUUCAUCUCCGCUGGCUGGGACAACACCAUACAAUUCUGGGACAGCAGGCAAGAGCAGGCCAUUAGGAGGAUCGGGGGUCCACAUGUGUGUGGUGACGCACUUCAUAUUGACGCCUCCAAAAGACAAAUCCUGUCAGGAUCCUGGAGGACCCACGACUCCCUAGAGGUUUGGGACUAUGGCUCAGGUAGAAAGAUGUGUGACGUCUCUCACCCCGUGCAAGACAGUAAGAUCUACUCGUGCCAUUGGUUGGGGGAGGAUCACAUGGUCGCCGGAGGGUGUCAGGCCAACACGCUUUACGUCAUCAGUCGCCACAGCCUCCAGACAGUGGGACAGCUGUGUGGUCUGGACUCUCCUGUCUACUCCACCUCUGUGUGUGCGAGUGGGAAGCGGACGGGUCUAAUCGCUGGAUCAUCAGGAUCGUCUGUUUACAUUCUAGAUCAGCGCAAGUAGAAGGGUUUCCAUUACAACAUGCAGGUGUUUUUCGACGAGAAAUAAAACACUCUGAUCUCUGAAGUGCACUAACAUUUUUAAUUUGGGCUUUGCAUUACAUACCCAACGUUGAGACGAACACUGACACAUGCUCUCACUUAAGCAUAGGUAAAGACACAAACACACGCACACACACACACACACACACACACACACACACACACACACACACACACACACACACACACACACACACACACACACACACACACACACACACACACACACACACACACACACACAC